UGUCAUCAUGUCACUUUUUUUAUCUGACCACUGUCUCUCAUUUUUGCCUCUGUCGGAAUGGCAAGUAAGAGAUAGCAUUGUCAAUGACCUUUUAAUAUAAUACGCUAAAAUUUAAUUAAGUAAUGCAUUCAUCGCUGAAAAUGAACCUAUGUAGGAAAGUUUAGUAAUUACAAUUUAUUAAGUUAAAAAUGGUGGGAAUAGAUUCUAUCAAAUCACAAUACCCUUUGCACUGGUUCGUCUGGAAUAACGAAUAUAAACUCCUGGAGGAAGAAUUAUCAAGACAUGCACAAGAUAUUGAAAAGAAGGAUAACAGGGGUAGGACACCUUUAAUGCUUGCAGUUACAUUAGGUCAUCUAGAAUCUGUACGUACAUUAUUAAAUUUUGGAGCUAAUGUUAACUGUGAGAACUUGGAUGGAUGGACAGUUGUCCAAGAAGCAGUGGCAACUGGGGAUCCAGAGUUGCUUCAUAUGGUUUUGGAAAGAAGAGAUUUCCAAAGAUAUUCUAAUAGAAUGGCUGGUAUUCCAGAAUUACUUCAGAAACUUAAAGAGGCUCCUGAUUUUUAUGUUGAAAUGAAAUGGGAGUUCACUAGUUGGGUUCCAUUUGUUUCUAGAAUGUGUCCCAGUGACAUCUACAAAGUAUAUAAGCAGGGUUCUAAUGUUAGGAUAGACACAACACUUUUAGGAUUUGACCACACCAACUGGCAGAGAGGAAAUAGAAGUUACAUAUUCCAGGGUCAUAAGGAGGGUGCUACAAUGAUGGAGGUAGACCACGAUACCAAACAAGUUUAUUGUGAGCAAAUGAAGGUUCCUAAUGAUUCAAUGGGUGUUUUGGUCCCAUCUGAAGAAUCCGUUUCUCAUCGUCUCACUACCCCUAUUGUAACCACCUAUGUUGACACUGACAAAAUUAGUUUUGAAAGGAAUAAAGCAGGUAUUCUUGGUUGGAGGUCAGAUAAAACUGAAAACAUAAACGGUCACGAUUGCAAAGUAUUUGGUGCAAACAACGUCCAAUUGAUAACAAAAACGCGCACCGAACAUCUGACUGAAAUCGACAAAGCCUUAGCUAGAAGUAAGAAUAAAAGUCCCCUGCAAAAUUUCCUAGGAAUAGCUGAGGUUGAAGAAAAUCAAGCAGCUGCAAUUAUUAAUAAGGAGGAGUAUUUUCAUAACACGAAUCCUUGUAACAUCAGACCUGAGGAAUAUUUCGAUUCAGAAGUAGAUUUAACAGGUCGAGAUAUUGGAAGGCCCAGAGAAAUAAAUACAAAACUACAAAAGUUCAAGGCCACCCUUUGGCUGUGCGAAAAGUACCCUCUAUCCUUCCCAGAACAGAUUCUGCCUAUCGUUGAUCUCAUGGCGAUUUCUAGCUCUCAUUUCGCCAAACUGAAAAACUUCAUUCAAAUGCAACUGCCAUCCGGAUUUCCGGUCAAAAUAGAAAUUCCCCUGUUCCAUGUUCUGAAUGCUCGUAUAACUUUUGGGAAUAUAUUUGCGAUGGACACUCCCGUUGAAAUGGUCAAUAGGAUUGAGGACGAGGAUAGGAUAACCUGUAUAGUGGACGACGCUGCAUUUGAUGUUCCACCUGGUUAUACUCAGCUUGGUAAUGGUAAUACACCGACACAGUNAGAGCAGUAUGUGAAAGCCAAACCAGCUCCUGAUCCUUUGGUGAAAAAACGUAGAGAUGACCAAGCUUGUGAGAAUGCUCCUAAGAAGUUUAAAACAGAUGAACAAACACAGGAAGAACGUUUGAAAGCAUCUGUUAUUCCUUUAUGGAAUGUACCUUAUGAAGAGCAGGUGAAUACAGUUGGUAGACGAACAAGAUUACCAACAGAACCUGGACCUGAAGGGAUUGCAGGUUAUGCAAGCCCUAUUUUAAAUAGUCCCAUUAAAUCACCCCCUUACAAUAACGCUGGUACAGAUAGUGAUGAUAGCAGUUUCAAAUCGGUGACUAGUUUACAAGUACCAAAAUCGCCUCGUACACCUACGGUGAUGCCCAGUAUGGGUCAUCAGAUAGCCCAUCGGUUCACCAAGACCUUUAAAAUGAUGGCAACCUGUGGAUACUGUUCUAAACCAAUUUAUUUUGGAACCGGUUUAAAAUGCAAGGACUGCAAAGUAGCUACUUCAGUUAUUUUUAGUGAGCUAGUUUAUUUUUGUUUCUUUUGUAGAGCAAUCCAGGCUAGUCUUGCUUUAUAUCAACAAAACCUGAACUGCGCAGACUCAAGAGGCAAUAGCACUCCUGAUAGCGAUUCUGAACUACAGAUGGCGCUAAUGUUGUCCGAACAGGAACAGCAAGAGGCAGAACAACAGAAGCGAAAAGAGGAAAAGAUGUUGGAAGAAAUUCUUCGACUUUCCCUCACCGAGCAGUAGACGAAAAAUACAACGUUUAUUUAUUAUUUCUAUCUACAAUACUUUCAACGAUGGGAGAAAUUGAUAUCGUAAAUUCUGUAGGUAACUCAUUGGAGGCCCUUGUCCAGUCGAAGUGACCGGCGCACAAGUGGAACACAGAAAACGAACUUGCGGUUUGUGAGAAAUUAAGUCAAAUUAUUUAUUUUGUUUUCUCUGUCUACGAAAAUACUUGCUUUUCGGCCCAGAUGUUUCCUUUUAUUUGUUUUUAGACGAGUACGAUUUUUUAAAUUCAAAAUCGUAUGAAUAUUUUUUUUUAACAAAGUAAAUCGAUAAAUAUCAACGUACGCCAGUAAUUAUUGAGGGCAAUCAACUUUAGACGUUAACUUCAGUGACGGUUUCUGAGUAUAUCGUACGAGCGGGCACAGUUUUUUGCGUGACCACAUAACGUAGUCGUAUUGAUUUCCUUCGAAUAAAUGAUCUCGUAAACCUAACAUACAGAAACCUUUGCAGUGACUUGUAACAAAUAUUUUAACAUCAUUAACAAAAUUAAUGGACAAAAAAUACCCUAUUCUUCACAACAAUAGGAAUAGGCAUGUGUCCUUUGUGCUUUUACGAGUCUACCGCCACUGAUUACUUUCUAUUCCUUUUUUAGUUUAUUCCUUUUUUAGUUUAAAGUUUAUAGUGUUAAAAUUUUUUAUCGUCGUAUGGUGCUAAUAUCCUCCUAGUAAUGCAAAGAGCGAUUCAAAUUACUUAUCACACCACAUGCUAAAAAGGACGUUAUAGUGUUUAUAGAUGCUAAUUUUUUUUCACGAAAUAUUUCUAUAA